AGUACCUUUUCUCAUGUUUCGUGAGAACAUCACAAACUAAAACGCCAUGCGAAGGAUGGCAGAGGAAAUACAACCUGCCAAGCAGAAAAGCUCCUGGAUGUUAAGCUGGCUUCCCACUUGGUGCCCCACUUCUGGCUCUCAGCUGAAAGAUGCAGAGGAGAAAAUGCUCAAGAGUGUGAAGCGGCCUUUCUCCAGGCAACACGUCCGGAUAUCCAACAGCAACUAUCUGUGGACCAUAGCUUUCUCCACACAGCCAUGCUCUCCCCCCCCUGCCCACCCAAGGACUCCUCUGGUGCUGCUGCAUGGUUUCGGAGGCGGGGUUGCCCUUUGGGCCCAAAACCUUGACUCUCUCUCCAGCAGCGGACCGGUCUACUGCCUGGAUCUGCUGGGCUUCGGCAGGAGCAGCCGCCCCGAGUUCAGCAGCGACCCAGAGGGGGCGGAGGAUCAGUUUCUGUCCGCCCUGGAGGAGUGGAGGGAGAAGGUGGGACUGGAGGAAAUGGUGCUGCUGGGACAUAACCUCGGAGGAUACCUGUCUGCUGCCUACACACUCAGAUACCCCAACAGGGUAAAACAUCUGCUGCUAGUGGAGCCAUGGGGGUUCCCAGCACGUCCGGAGAACCCAAACCACAGCUCCAUCCCAGUGUGGAUCAGAGCCAUGGGGGCCGCAAUGAGCCCCUUUAACCCUAUGGCUGGACUCAGACUCGCUGGGCCUCUAGGUCCGAUGCUGGUCCAGACGAUCAGGUCCGAUUUUAAGCAGAAAUACUCGACAGUGUUUGACGACAACACAGUAUCCGACUACAUCUACCACCUGAAUGCCCAGAGUCCAAGUGGAGAAACGGCCUUCAGCAACAUGACCAUUCCCUACGGCUGGGCUAAGAGGCCCAUGCAGGAGAGGAUCGGACAAAUCCAGGCGGACAUUCCCAUUUCCUUCAUCUACGGAUCCCGCUCCAGCAUCGACAGCGACUCUGGAUAUGAGCUGAAGAAAACCAGACCAGAUGUGCAGAUCACGAUGAUCAGAGGAGCAGGCCAUUACGUUUUUGCCGACCAGCCUGAUGACUUCAACCAGACAGUCCUCCAGAUCCUAGCUACGAUGGAGAGGGAAAGCAAAGAGGAGGAAACGAAGCAGAGAUAGCUUUCUGACCCAGGCGACCAGCUGGAGGUCAAAGGGUUCAACUAAUCGAAAGUCACAACGCCACCUCAGCUGUACGCCUCUUAUCAUACACUUGACUCUUAAAGAGAAAGCAAUCACUGACUCAGAACAAUUUAUUCAUCAUUUCACCAUCUAACACUCCCUUAGGGUCAAAGGUCAGAUGAUGACAGGUUUCUUUAUCCAAAGUCCAUAAUGUUUUGUAAAUAAAUGUGAGAUGCACUCUGA